AUGCUUCGAAUUGCACUUUUCCUCGCUCUCAUCUUGGCUGUUUUGUCCGUUACCGCUGCACCCGUCUCCCUCGAAAAGAGACGUAAGAACUAUCAUGGAACUGCAACUUGGUUUGUUCCCGAAACUGAAGGCGGUGUCUAUGGUGCAUGUGGUCCAAAGGAGAACAGCAAUUCAAUGAUCGUUGCUUUGAACCACAAGCAAUACGGUAACAUGAACAAGAAGAGCAAGUGGUGCGGACGCAGAAUAAGAGUGAAAGGUCCCAAGGGCUCCGCUACUGUCAAGAUCAAUGACGCAUGCCCUGGUUGCAAGAAUGGCGAUCUCGAUCUUACUCCUAAAGUGUUCAAGAAAGUGGUUGGCGACAUGAACAAGGGUGUUGGCAAGAUCACGUGGUAUGAGGUAUAA